CCUCCAAAAUUUGGCAUUUGCUGCCGUCUGAAACGAAUUUUAAACAUUAAAAUUUGAAAAUAAAUUGAGAAAAAUUUAACUAUGUUUUCACUACCUGCUCACUCUCUCUUACUCACUCUCUCUCACUAGAGUCCCGACGAUCAUUUUCAGAUGGCAGCGAUCGCAUUUGGCUGCUCCAGCUUUGCUUUACUUCGCGCCAAACAAAACGAUGCCGCUCCGGAAUCGCUUCUGUGCGCGCAGAACUUCAGCUUGUUGCGAUUGAAGCAGAGCUUGAGAAGUUGUUCUUCGCCGGCGCGGUGGAGGAGCAUCGGGGUCCCACGCGCCUCAGUGGAGGUGGUGGACGAUCGACUUAUUGAGAGAGAAGAGAAGGAGAGAGUUAGGGUUCUGAGAGUGGGGGUAAUUUGUGGAGGUCCCUCGGCGGAGCGUGGAAUUUCUCUCAACUCAGCUCGAUCAGUUCUUGAUCACAUUCAGGGAGGUGAUAUACAUGUGAAUUGCUAUUACAUUGAUCCUGACCUUAAUGCGUUCGCAAUAUCCCCUGCUCAGGUAUACUCAAACACUCCUGCGGAUUUUGAUUUUAAACUUGCAAGCCUUGCCCAAGGUUUCGAGUCUUUGUCCAACUUCGCCGAACACCUGGCUGCCUCUGUGGACAUAGUGUUUCCAGUCAUACAUGGUAAAUUUGGUGAAGAUGGUGGCAUUCAGGUGUACUAUU